AUGUCCCAUCACGCACCCACGUCGCGCCCGAAGCCUCCGCCGCCCGGCAGCGAGGAAGCGUCGAGCGUUCUGAACCUCGGCGAAUUCCAACACGUGGACACUCUCACGCUGUCAGAAGCUUCCCUUGUCAUCAAUGCGCUGGUUGCCAAGCGGAAGAUGGAUCGCAAGAACAUCAACGAGACCGAGAUGCUGACCCAGACUUUGAACUACCUCGAUGCCUUUUCCCGUUUCCGUCAAAAGGAGAACGUGGAAGCCGUUGAGCGACUGCUGAGCGCCCACAAGCAGCUGGCCAAAUUUGAGCGGGCGCAAAUAGGCUCGCUGUGCUGCGAAACCGCCGAGGAGGCCAAGACCCUUAUCCCGUCCCUCCAGGACAAGAUCAGCGAUGACGACCUGCAAAUACUCCUCGACGAGAUUAGCAAGCUACAGAGCAGAUGA